UAAAAUGGAGUUAACAAGAAAGCAUAAACCCUAGGGAGGGCGGUUUUUAUUCCAACGUGCAAUUGCUCGCUGAUUGACUGUCUGUCUCACUUCUCUGUUUUGAUUUAAUAUAGAGAGUGAUUAUGGAUGCUGAAGAUGUGAUGGAUGUCAAUUUUGACAAGCCGAAGAGACACAAGGGGAAGCACGACAAGCCAAAGCCAGAGGACGAGCAGGCAGAGAGGGACGGUGUUGACCGCUGGAAGAUUGAAAAGUUUAAACCUGAUGAUAAUCGUGGCGGACCUUUACUCGAAGUUAGCUCUUUCUCUACCCUCUUUCCUCAAUACAGAGAGAAAUAUUUGCAAGAAGCUUGGCCAACCGUUAAAAGUGCAUUGAAAGAACAUGGAAUUGCGUGUGAGCUUGAUUUGGUCAAAGGAUCAAUGACUGUUACUACGACAAGGAAGACAUUUGAUCCAUAUAUUAUAAUAAAGGCUAGGGAUUUAAUUAAACUUUUGUCAAGAAGUGUACCUGCACCUCAGGCAAUUAAGAUACUAAAUGAUGAAAUGCAAUGUGACAUCAUCAAGAUUGGUGGCUUAGUCCGAAAUAAGGAAAAAUUUGUUAAGCGAAGGCAGCGGCUGGUGGGGCCAAAUUCAUCCACUUUAAAGGCACUGGAGAUUUUGACAGGCUGCUAUAUUCUUGUUCAGGGAAACUCCGUAGCUUCUAUGGGUUCAUUUAAAGGGUUAAAGCAAGUAAGGAGGAUAGUAGAAGAAUGCAUGUUGAAUAAAAUGCAUCCGUUGUAUAAUAUAAAAAUUCUCAUGAUGAAGAGAGAUCUUGCGAGCAAUCCAGAACUUGCAACUGAAAACUGGGAUAGGUUCCUUCCCAAAUUCAAAAAGAAAAAUGUCAAACAAAAGCAGGGUAAGUUUAAAGAAAAGAAAGAUUAUACACCUUUCCCGCCGCCACAACCACCAAGCAAGAUUGACAUGCAACUAGAGAGUGGUGAAUACUUUUUAAGUGACAAAAAGAAGUCUGCAAAGAAAUGGCAAGAAAGACAGGAAAAACAGGCAGAAAAAACUGCAGAAAACAAGCGGAAGAGGGAAGAAGCAUUUAAGCCUCCAGAGGAACCCCGGGCACAAGAUGAUGGUAAAAAUGAGAAGGAUGAUGUUGCUGCAGUGGCUACAUCCUUGAAGAGCAAGGCAAAGGAGUUUGGGAAUCGAAAAUCCGCUGAUACAAUCGAUGCUGAAAUGUAUAUUGCGGCAUCAAGUUCAGCUCAGCAGUCAAACAAAAAAAUGAAGAACAAGAAAUAAUUGCUGCUCACUUUUCUUGUAGCCGGGACUUGUAGUGUUUUUUUUUGUUAAUCACAUCAAACAUUUGGAAAUUUUUGAUGUUUUAAGCUGGUGCAAUGUUGUAUUGAAGACUUUUUAAACUUCCAAUAUAUUUGUAUCAGAUUAUUUGUAUCAAUGUAUCAUAUCAUAUUUUUAGUUUU